AUGGAUCAAUUUUAAAUAGCUGAAAGUUCAAUAUAAGUUCAAAAUUAUUACAUUGCCAGAGAAUCUUUACUUAAUCAUAAAUAAUAAUACUUUAGAACGAUUCUGCAAAAGCUUUAAUUAAACAAUGAAGAUUAAGGAUAAUUAAAAAUAAUUAUUGAUUAAACAAAUCAAAAAUUGGAUUUACCUAAUAGUUUAGACCUUAAAUUUGCUACCAGUCUUCCAAAUAAAAUAGAUGAAUAAAUAUAAUUUUUAAUCGUUAAUGAAACUAUUCAGAUUGAAUCAUAAAAUGUUGAGGAACUUUAAUAUUAAUGUAUUCCACAAUUUAAUUUGAGCUAUUCUUUCUUAUGGAAGGAGAAUGUAGAGAGAGUAGAUUAGAUUUAUGAAUAUUUACUUAAAUAUAUUCAUGAAGAAUAGGAUGUUUUAAUUUAUUGUAAAAAUGUCAAUGAAAUAUAAUUAUUGGCAAAUACUUUGGGAUAAUUUGGUUAAAUACAAGUUAGAUUAACACCAGAAUUUAAUAAUUUUUAUUAAAAACUUGAUUAAAGAAAAACAAAUUAAACCAAUCAUAUUAUAUAUCUAUUGAUUGAACCAUAAUAUUUAGAAUCUGAAUACAUUACCUUAAUUAUUCAUACAUAAUAUAAAGAAAUUAGAUAAUCGUUUAUAAAAAAUAGUCUCACUAUUAAAGAUGUAUUACUUUCUAGACAAGAAUUAAUAAUAAGAGAGAUUCCAAAAUCUAAUUAAUAAGGUGUAUAAAUUAUAUAUAAUUUUCCAAAUGAAAUAUAUUGUUCUCUUCCUCCAAAAGAAAUAAAUAUAGAUUUAUAUUAAAAAGAAAAUUUUGUUGAAUAAUUUGAUAAAUCUAAAAAUAGUGCCAUUAUUAAAGGUGCUUUAAAUACAUCAGGAAUUUUACUAUAAUAUCAAAAAAAUUCAAAUUUGACAAUCAGAACUAGCUAACUUUGGUCUAUUAAAGGUGAUGCCUAUUCAUGGAUUGAAAUAAUUGAAUAACUUGGUACUUUUAUAAACUCUAUAUUACUAAAUAUAGACUUUGAUAAAAACUAAAGCAUUUUUGAAUUAACUUAAUUAGAGAAGUGGUGCGAGGAAAAUUUGAUCAAUCUAUAUAAAGGAAUUCUAAUUCUUUUAUAUGUUUAAAAAUUCUCUUAAGAAUAUGUAAUAAUUAUUAUUUAUAAUAGAAUUGUCCUUAAAUUAAUAUAUUAAAUGUAGAUGGUUUAAAUAUGCCACCAGUAAGACGAUCAUCUAGUAUGUAAAUUGUUUAGGAAGAUAAACCUUUAGUUGAAGAACAAUUAAAACUAAAUUUCCCUACAGCAGAGUUGAAAGAAGAUAGAUUAUAUCAUAUUUAAGAAUAAAGUUUUAAAUUACAUUAGAGAUGCAUUCAACAAUAAAAAGGAAGACUUUAAUAACACAUACAUAUAUUAGCAUUAUAAGAUAAUUAAAUAAUAUAUCUCCAUAAUAAAAAUAGAAAACCAUCUUUGACUCAAAAAGAAAUGAUAAUUAAUAAUGUAGGUAAUGCAAUUUUAGAGGAAUUAUGGAAAAAUCAAGGAAUAGAAAUAAAUGAAUUGGAAAUUAAAUAUAAUUGUUCUAUAGAACCAAGUUUAAACUUAAAUUUGAUAUCUAUUUAUUCUGAUGAAAAAGUUGAUAUGAGUGAAUUAUAAACCAGAAUAGAAUAAGUCAAAGAAAAUUUAAAGACAUAAAUUAUGGAAAUCAAACAUAUUAGUGGAAAGAAAUUAAUUUUUCAGAGUGGAGCAGUUAUUAGUGAAUGGAUAAAGCAACAUGAAUCAAAAGAAUUUAAAUUAGUUGGACUCCCUCCUAAAAUAACAGAAGUUGAUAUCAAAGAAUUAUUUGAAGAUUUUACUGUAAUAACUCAUCUUAAAUUAAAUUAUUUGGAAAAUGAAACCUAAGCUUAAAUUGUUAUUGAAGAUAAAGAUGAUAUGCCUUACAUUAUAUAAGCAUAUGAUUAAUCUGAAUAUUAAGACAGAAUUAUAAAUGUUAUCACAGAAAAGACUAAUUUAUAAUAAUAAAAGAUUAAUUAAUAAAAAUUUAUUUUAAAUAUUAUAUGGUAUGCCAAACAAUGUUCAGGUACUUGUGUUGUUAUUUUUAAUGAAAUAACUUAAGCAACUAAUUGCAUAAAUUAAUUUAAUAAUUAAGUAUUAGAUGGAAAACAGAUUAAAAUUAUUUAAAUUGAUGAGUUCACAUUAAGCUUUUAAAAUUUAAGUCCUUUAACUACUGAAAUUGAUAUUUUAAUGUUAUGUGGUGGAAAAAAAAAUAUAAAAUAUAUGGAUUUAUAAUCAAGAAUUUUAUAAGAGAGUAAGGAUGAUUAUUCAUAAAGAAUAAUACAUUUGAUUAAUAGAAGUAUUGAAAAAAAUGAAAAAAAAGAUGUAGAUUUUAAUCAUACUCAUUUGAUUAGAAAAACAGGAGGGAAAAGAAAAGCUAAAAUUUAAAUAUCUAGUAUACAUACUAUGUAAAAAUUAUUAGAAAUUUUAAAUGGAUAAACAAUAUAAUUUGGAGUUAAUAUAGUGAAAAUACAUAGUCAAGGAUAGUAUUAUUAAUAUCAUAAAAUGCCUAAUCAAAUUAAAUCUCAUGUUUUAAAUAUUUUAAAGGAAUAUGAAAAGUUUAAUUUUAAAGUUUAAUUUGAAUAAGGAAAUUAAUCUAAAUAAGAAAUUUAAAUGGCCAUACAAUCUCACAAUAUAUUAGUACAUUAAUAAUUAGAUCAAAUUUUAACGACAUUUCUGUAAGGUUUUAAAAUAGAUGUAUAAAAUAAUGGUGAUUUUCUUUUUACUACUUUUGGAUAGAAUAAAUUAAAAGAUUUUGAAAAGUUAGAUGGAAAUAUAUAUUUUAUGAUAGAUUAAUAUAACAAAAUGAUACGUGUGUGUUGUUAGAAAGAAAAAUUAUAAGAAAUAACAGACUAUGUUAAUUAAAUUACAUAAGCAGUUGUUUCUCACAAAUUAACAAUUCCUCCUGGAGCCAUAAAAGAAUUAGUUGGUUUAAAAGGUUAAGGUCUUGAAAGUAUUAAGAAAUAAUUUAAUUUGGUUUAAAUUAAAUAUAAACAAUAAAGCAAAGAACUUUAUUUAGAAGGAUCUGGCUAAAAUAUUUAAGAUGCUGUUUCAUGCAUAGAAAAUGCUGUAUCUGCAACAACUUUGGAUGGAGAAACAGUUUAAAAUGAAGCUAAAUAAGCAGAAUGUCCUAUAUGUUUUGAUACUAUUAAACAUAGUUAUUUAUUAUAAGGAUGUGGUCAUAAAUGUUGUUUAGAAUGCAUUUCUUUACAUUGUUCUAGUAUUUUACAAGAUGCAAAGCUAUUUCCAGUAAGAUGUCCAGUUUGUAAUGAAAAAAUGAUUCUAAAUGAUAUAUUUUAAUUAAUUGGAUAAGUUAACAAAGAUACUUUGAUAAAUUUGGCACUUAAUAAAUUUGUUUAAGAUAACAAUGAGACUUUAACUUAUUGUUAUACUCCUGGAUGUAAUAAUUUUGAAUAAAUACAAAUUUAAGAAAAAGCAAUUUAUUGUUCAAUGUGUUAAAAAUAAUAUUGUUGUUAAUGCAAAGUAGUUAAUUUAAAUAAAAUUAGGCUUUAAGACAUCCUGGUUUAACUUGUGAGGAAAAUAAAAUUGGUGAUUAAGGCUUAUUAUAAAAAUUAAUGAAAGAAUAAGAUAUUAGAAAAUGUCCAAGUUGUUAAGCAUUGAUUUAAAGAAUUGAUGGAUGUUAUAGAGUAACAUGUUCGGUUUGCCAUAAGAGUAUUUGCUGGAAGAAUAAUAAAAAGGGAGCUCCAUGCAUGUAAGUGUUUAAGACAGCCUCAGAAUGUUAUGAACAUUUAUCUAAAGAACAUGGUGGAUAUUGGUGAU